UCCUUAAUCACAUCCAAGUCGCUAUAACUUCACUUUCAAUUCUUAGCAAUAUGUAGCAUUGUUUUCCGUUGCUGAAAAUAUGACAUAACACACGUAGCCAUCCAAUAAGACCACCAGUUCACCACACACAUUUCUUCAAACGCACUUCUUUCUUUCCUCACCUUAAUUCUAUUCACUCUCUCUCACUCACAAGUCACACCCACUUGGUUCCUUCCCCCACCCAAUUUUUUUUUCUCCUUUUUUCCCAUCCAAACAUGUCCUCCACUCACCCAAAAAACCCAGCAACAAUAACAACAUCCACUACUCUCAUCUUGCUCUCAAUUAUACUCCUUUGUUUUCCAACAACCUCAAAAUCCGACAACCCUCCAUGCCCUUAUCCAUGUUACCCACCACCCAUUGGAACGGUUACUCCCACAACUCCUUCAGGUGGUUCCACUGUUCCACCAGCUCCACCUCAACCCGGAUUACUAUAUCCACCACCUUCCGGGAAUUACCCUUAUUACCCCACACCACCUUUCGGCGGCGGCGGUGUCGGCGGCAACGACGGUAGCGGUGGCGGUGGUUUUGGCACCCCACCACCACCGGACCCUAUUCUACCCUACUUUCCAUUCUACUACAGAAAGCCUCCUCACAAGCCAGAAGAUAAUUCAGCGUCAACAACCACUAUGCACAAAUGGACAGGGAUGGUUGCUAUUACUAGUCUAUUAUCUUCAUCUUUGCUUCUUCUCUUUGUAUAACUCUCAUGAAUCAUGAUCAAAAUCUUCAUGUACUAUCUGAACUCUUAAUUUUAUGCUUGUUAAUUUAAUGAAAAUUUCUUUUUUUUUAUUUAAA